UUCGAUUUAAAUAAUAAUUUUUAAGGUUAGUUUGUCGGCAAAUUUUCAAUAUAGUGAACCCUUAUAACAUUCAAUAAAAUGUCAGAAUUAAUUAGUGUAUAAAAUUAAAAUGUUUGCAAAACCAAUAGUGAAAAAAAAAGAUUCUUCAAAAAUUUUUCAAGUACCAAUCAAAAUAAAUGAUGAAGAAAUUCAGUCGGAAUUAGACUCAAUGUCUAACAUUACAGAGUAUCAUUUUCAUACAGAAAAAAUAACAGAAUCAUCUGAUAGCAAUUUAUUACUACAAAAAAAAUCAAAAAUGGUUUUAAAAGAAUCAACUAGAUUUACAGAAAAAAUUACUGGAGAAACGGAAAAGUCAUCUGGCAAAGAAAAAAUAGAAAUGGAACCUUCUAUACCUUAUUUGUCAUCAGAUGCAACAAUUAAUGAACUAAAGAAUGUAAUAAAACAGCAAGCAAACACUGCAGAAGAUCGAUUUAAAAUUCUAGAUGCCAGAGAUAAAUUAAUGAGACUGAAACAAGCUAAAAUUCAUACAUUAGCUACAGCUAAAGUUACUAUAGGAACUUGUCCAGAUAUGUGUCCAGAAAAAGAAAGAUUGAUGAGAGAAUAUCAAAGACAAGCAGCUUCAUAUGAACUUCUAAAUACUGAUGAAUACAAGAUAAAUCAUAGUUUAGCAGUUAAACAGUACUCACGAUCAUCAGCUGAUCAAGAGGAGCCUAUGCCUCAAGAUUUAAGACCAGUGAGUUCUUUGAAAAUGACUAUGAGUUAUUUAUUACAUGAAAUCACUGAUUUAGCUGAUGAAGAAGGAACAAAUUUAACAGAGUGGUAUCAUUUUAUUUGGGAUAGACUUAGAGGAAUAAGAAAAGAUAUCACUCAACAAGAAUUAUGUUGUUUAGAUACAGUAGAAUUGGUUGAGCAAUGUGCUAGAUUUCAUAUAGUUUGUUCUGAGCGAUUGUGUGCUGAAGAUGCUGCAGUUUUUGAUAAGAAGAUUAAUACAGAAAAUUUAACAAAAUGUCUUCAAACUUUAAAAUAUAUGUAUCAUGAUUUAAGAGAGAAAGGAUUUGUAUGUAUUAAUGAAGCAGAGUUUCGAGCUUAUAUUAUUUUAUUAAAUUUAAACAAUGCUAAUUUUAUGUGGGAUCUUCAACGAUUGCCUUCAUCCAUCCAAAAAUCUCGUGAAGUAAAUUUUGCAAUAAAAGUGUAUUCAUCAAUUCAAUCUAAAAAUUAUGCAAAAUUUUUCAAACUUGUCAAAGAAACUACUUAUUUAAAUGCUUGUAUUUUAUUAAGAUACUUCUUCCAAGUACGAGUGGAAGCGUUAAAUGUUAUGGUGAAAGCUUAUUGUAGGACAACGUCAACAUCGUACCCUCUAUACGAAUUUAUUGAUAUUUUGGGAUUCGAUGAUGAAAAUGAAGCUAUUUAUUUUUGUGAACAAGCAGGUUUGAAUGUUUCUAAAGACGAAAUGUAUGUGAUAUUAAAUAGGCAAAAUAUUUGUUCACCUCCACCAAUGAUGGAUCAAGCAAGAGCAAAAAAUUUAGUAGAAGCAAAAAGAAUUUCUCUUGGAUAUUCUCUUGGGCAAAUGAUAGCUGGUGAUAAAAUGCCGAAUAAGCUUUAUUUAAAUCAUAAACCACAUAAUAGUUUUGAUGCUCAAGGAUUUUUAAAGUCAGAAGCUAUUAAUGCUAACGAUCAAAAUAGAGGUACUGAUGAAAUUGAACAAGAUCCUUAUGAAUACAUGGAUGAAGAUAUGCCAGGUGAGACAAUAAAUCGUGAAACUUCAAAACUUCCAACAUAUUCAACAAGCCAUUCCACAGAAGAAGAAUCAAAAAAGCCAAAGGAUUCUAAUCACCAUAAUAUUUUUUCAAGAUUAGAAUCAAAUAUUUCUAAAAAAAAAUUAGAUGGAUUGGAUCCUCUAAAAUCUAAAGAUAAUAAUAAAAAAUCUACAGUACGAGAUUUAAGGUUAAAAAUGAAAUCUUCUAAUAAAUCAAGUAAAAGGUCAUCAGUUUCAAGUACAACUUCGACAGCUAGCAGUAUUCCUAAAAAACGAAAAGCACUUUCUAAAUUUGAAGAUGUUUCUAAACAAGAUUCAAAUAUCACGGAUGCAACACCAUUUACUUCAAGUUUUCCUCAAAAAUCUAUUCUUUCCGAAAAUCAAAUGAAUACACUACCUCAAACUUCAUUGCCUUUUUCAUUUACUUCGCCUUCCACACCUUCGAUAAAUUUCCAAGCUCCAAAAAUACCUACCUCUAAUUAUAAUCAAUUUAAUUUAAAAACUACGGAAUCUCCUAAAGCGGUAAAAAAAGAAAAAUUGAAGGAAAAGGUGAAAGAAGAAAACAAGACGUUCCAAGAUAAGAAGAAAGAGCAAGACGUUUUAGUAGAGAAAACAAAGAAACAGGAAAUUUUGAAGAGAAUUGAUGAAAAAGCUAUGAAAGAAGCUGAAUUAAUUGAGGCCAAUGUUGUUCGUGAUAUUUGUGCCAGUAUUGUAAAGGAAGAAAUAGAAAAAAAUAAAUUCUUUGAACGAUUAAGUGACAAAAUUUUCAAUGAACUUUUAGAUCAAUGCAUUCAAGAUGAUGUUAAAAGUAUUUUAGAUAAAGAAUUAUAUAUCCAAAGUAAAAUAAAAGAUAUUUAUAAACGAGUAAAAAAUAGAAUAGUCUUGAAAUAUGCUAAAAUUUGGCGACUACGAGUAUCUAAAAUUAAACAACAAAGAAAAGCAUUAGGCAACACACCUGUUUGGUUACCUAAACAAAGUCUAGAAGCAUGUGCAAAAGCUUUUUACCAUAAGGAACAGAAUCUAGUGAUUCAAAACAUGAGAAAAAGAAACAGUUCGACUGAUUUUGAUGAAAUACAUCGUAAAUUUCUUACCCCUAUUGAGACAAAAAUUUACGAAGGUCUAAAAGAUAAUUUUAAAGCAUUAGACAACGAAUUUCCAUCAGUUAUGUUUUGGAAAUUAAUUAUUUCUUGGCCUUGUUUAAAAAAUAGACCUCUUCUUCAUCGUUAUAAACAUAUUAUGAACGAGUACCUCUGUCCUGGAAAUUCUUCUUUAGAUCCGAUUAUAAAAGUUUAUAAACCCCGUCCUUACGAAACGUUAAAUAUUUGUAUUAAACAUGUAGAAGAUGUUGUGGAUGAUGAAAAUUAUAUUGGAUCAGAUGGAUUAUUUUUUAUUGCUACAGCUGAUGAAGAUACUGUAGCUGUUGGAAAAAGAUUAACAAAGACUGUGCUUGCUAGGCAAAAAUUGAUGCCGACACCUCUUUUAUUUAUUAUUGUGGGUGAUGAUCAAGCGUCUGAAAAUGUUACACCAACAACAGAGCUAAAAAAAUUAUUAAAUUCGGGAUAUUUGUCAGAGUAUGUUAUUCAUCAUGAAAAGAAGAUUGAUGAAAGCAUUAUUUUAAGAUUAACACAAACUGGAAUAUUUUGGCUAACUCUGAAUAAAUCACCACCGAUUCCUUUAGAAAUGAAUACUUUAGUUGAUGUUAUUGAUACUUGUUUGACAGAAGAAUUAUGGUUGAGAAUAAGUGGACAUGCUUCCUUUAAUCCAAAUAUCAAAGCUGCACUUGAAGAUCCAAAAUUUGUUAUAGAUCUUCAUAAUGAAACUGUCAAUUAUUUCAUUGACAUAAUUCUUGAUCCAGAAAAUACUAUGUACACCGACUUUCCAGAAGAGUUUAGAAACUUCUUACCCAAGAAAGUUUAUUUACCAUGUACUUAUCAAUAUUUCGAUAGUGAUUGGAAAAAAGAGGAUAACAGGGAAAAAGUUGAAAGUGUUAUUAAUAGUUUAUCAUUGCCUCCCUGGCCUUUUAAUUGGCCAAUCAACGAUACAAUGGAACUUCAUAAAUCUAUUCAGCAUUAUUGUCAAUUAACAUUAAAAAACUCCCAUCCAUCUACGGUAUCUUAUAAUAUUCUUGGAAGUUUAUUUUUCAUGACCGAUAAGGAAGAAAUAUCUCACUUUAUUCUCAUCAUUAUUGAAAUCAUUAAAGAAAAGCUACGUCAUAUUGACAAAGACAUAACAGUAGUUUACAAUAAAAAUCAUGUGAAACUUUUUAGAACUCUACCAUGGUGGUUGAAAUCAAGCAUUUUAAUGAAUUAUAUCAAAACAAAUCCUUCGCCAGCUUCACCGCUAUAUAGAAGAGAUUCACGUAAAGAUAUUUUAAUGAAACAACAACAGCUUGAUGAGGAAAAAGUAGAAGUGUCACGCAUUAUUGAAAAAUAUGACAAUAUUUAUGAAAAUGAAGAUGAAAGUGAUUUCAAUGAUUCAAACACAAUUAUUGAACAAUCUUCUGUAGAUGAUUUUCGAAAUGCAUCUAUGAAGCUCGAGAAGAUGUUGUCACAACAACAAAUCUCAAGUCAGGCAUUAGAAAAAAAACUUGAAUCAGCAUUAAAAGAAACAUAACAUAAUUUUUAAAUAAUUAAAGAACAAAUUUUAUUUUUAAUGACUUAAAAAAAUUAAUUACUUUCCGUUAA